GUGCUACUUGCGGGUGCAACUGACUUUCGCUGGACAGGAGGAAAUGCCCUCAGCGACCAUCUUGGAGGCGUCCAUUCAGGAGGCACUGCAAAGUCACUUCGGCAGCUGCGGUGCCAGCAAGUGCCAGUGGUCGUUGCUGUCGCCUCCCGCUGAAAGUGGCUUGUUCCUCCUGAAAACCACCACACCUGAGCAUCUCCAGCAGCUGCGUGCUGCUCUCACCUUGCUAACGCGGAUUCAACGGAGACGAUGCAGGAUGGAUGUCCUGGCAGUGGCACCUUCAUUGGCAGCCCUGGCAUGCAAGAGAUGACCGAAAAAGUGAUUUCAGUGGCUUGACCCAAACGUGUGUAACGCUUUGAUAACAUUUGUAAUGACUGUGUGUG